CCGCGAAGAGUGACGUUGGCGGAGCGCGGUGGCUUGUUGGCUUCCAGCGUCCGCAAGUGCGAACAUGGCGGCCCGGACCAUGCAUGCGGCGCGAUGCCCGUCGGACGAGUUGUCUCUGACCAACUGUGCCGUGGCGAACGAGAAGGACCUGCCGUUAGGACUCCAUGUGAUCGUGAAGACCACUCCAACACACAAGUUUGUGUUCACCAUCAAAAACCACCCCAGCGUGGUCCCAGGCACCAUUGGCUUCAGCUUACCACAGAGGAAGUGGGCAGGCUUGUCGAUUGGCCAGGACAUCGAAGUGGCUACCUAUACCUUUGACAAGACCAAGCAGUGCAUUGGCACCAUGACCCUCGAGGUAGAAUUUCUACAGAAGAAAAGUGUCGACAGCAACCCCUAUGACUCAGACAAGAUGGCGGGCGAGUUUAUCCAGUACUUCAGCAGCCAGGCCUUCUCUGUGGGCCAACAGCUGGUCUUCAGCUUUUGCAACAAACUCUUCGGCUUGCAGGUCAAAGACAUGGAGGCAUUGGACCCCAGCAUCCUCAAGGGCGAGCAGAGAUUGGGGAAGAAGCACAAGAUUGAAAUUGGCCUCUUGUUGGGGAACAGUCAGGUUGUCUUUGAGAAGGCGGAGAACUCAUCUCUCAACCUUGUUGGAAAGGCCAAGACGAGGGAGUCGCGCCAAUCCAUCAUCAACCCCGACUGGAACUUUGAACGCAUGGGAAUCGGAGGCCUUGACAAGGAGUUCUCCGACAUCUUCAGACGCGCCUUUGCUUCUCGGGUCUUUCCCCCUGAUAUUGUAGAGCAGAUGGGCUGUAAGCACGUCAAGGGCAUCCUGCUCUUCGGCCCACCGGGGUGCGGGAAGACUCUAAUGGCACGGCAGAUUGGCAAGAUGCUGAAUGCUCGUGAGCCCAAAGUGGUCAACGGGCCCGAGAUUCUCAACAAGUACGUGGGGGAGUCCGAAGCCAACAUCCGCAAGUUGUUUGCCGAUGCAGAGGACGAACAGAAAAGGCUGGGCGCCAACAGUGGCCUGCACAUCAUCAUCUUUGACGAGAUCGAUGCCAUCUGCAAACAGCGUGGCAGCAUGGCUGGCAGCACAGGCGUCCACGACACCGUGGUAAACCAGCUGCUCUCCAAGAUUGACGGCGUGGAGCAGCUCAACAACAUCCUGGUUAUUGGAAUGACCAAUAGGCCAGACCUGAUUGAUGAGGCCCUCCUGAGACCUGGUCGGCUGGAGGUGAAGAUGGAAAUUGGCUUGCCAGAUGAAAAGGGUCGCAUGCAGAUCCUCAAUAUCCACACUGCCAAGAUGCGGGAGUUCAAGCUGCUGGCGAAGGAUGUGGAUGUCAGAGAGCUGGCAGUUGAAACCAAGAACUUCAGUGGUGCCGAACUGGAGGGGCUGGUCCGCGCCGCCCAGUCCACAGCCAUGAACCGCCACAUCAAGGCUAGUGCAAAAGUGGAAGUAGAUGUGGAGGAGGCGCAAAAACUGCAAGUCAAUCGAGAUGACUUCUUUGCCUCCUUGGAAAAUGACAUUAAGCCUGCCUUUGGCACAAACCAGGAGGACUACGUUAGCUACAUCAUGAACGGCAUUAUCAAGUGGGGAGACCCAGUGACCCGGGUUUUGGACGAUGGAGACCUGCUGGUUAAGCAGACCAAGAACAGUGACCACACACCUCUGGUCUCUGUACUUCUGGAGGGACCCCCACACAGUGGAAAGACGGCCCUGGCAGCAAAAAUAUCGGAGAAGUCCCAGUUCCCCUUCAUCAAGAUCUGCUCCCCGGACAAGAUGAUUGGUUACUCCGAGAUUGCAAAGUGUCAGGCCAUCAAGAAAAUAUUUGAUGACGCCUACAAGUCCCAGUUGAGCUGCGUGGUGGUCGAUGACAUCGAGCGACUGCUUGAUUAUGUUCCGAUUGGACCUCGUUUCUCCAAUUUGGUCCUACAAGCCCUUCUGGUCCUGCUGAAGAAGCCUCCCCCUCGUGGUCGCAAACUGCUCAUCAUCGGCACCACCAGCCGAAAAGAUGUCCUGCGGGAGAUGGAAAUGCUGGAUGUCUUCAGCACCACCAUCACUGUACCAAACAUCUCGACUGGGGAGCAGCUGGUGGAAGCCCUGGAGCUGCUGGGCAGCUUCAAGGACAGCGAGCGGGCAAGGAUUGCCAGGGAGGUCAAGAGCAAGCAGGUGUGGAUUGGUAUUAAGAAGCUACUGAUGCUCAUUGAGAUGUCCAUGCAGAUGGACCCCGAAUACCGAGUCAGCAAGUUCCUGUCCCUGUUGAGAGACGAGGGCGCGUUGGAUUCCACAGAUCAUUUCCACGUUUGACCACUUUGACUGCUGUUCUCACCAGCAGACUGGGCUGCUUGUGAGAUGGAGCUUCUACUGUUGCAGACUAAUUCGUCCAGCUGGGCAACACCACUGCGGAGAGUUCAUGACUGCAGGAAACACACUCCGCAUGAAGUUUUAUUUUUCAGAUUCUGUACGUACUCAGAAAGAACGAGAGUGAUGUGAAGCACCAAAUUGUUCACUAACCCCCAUUUUCAGUUGCCCUGUCCUGUGCAUCUGCUGCAUGAUGUUAAUGGCAGUGGUGACCCAUCUGUAACUGUAGUGGUGUACUGAGUAGCUUGUGACCAGUUACAACUGAGACGUUUUCGUAUGUUCUUCGUAUAAAUUCAGUUUUUGAUGACAGUUGUUGCCUUGUGUUGCAUUAUUUUGUUGCAGAUUCUAUGUAUAUAAUUGUUGAAACACCAUUGUAUGAAGUAUAUAAACUCUUUUGAUCAUGGGUUAUGGAUAUGAAAUAUACACUUUGUGCCAUGUACAGUUACUGUACCUGCGCAUCUGGAUAUUGAGUUAUAUUCUGCUCUUUGUUGUUGCUUUUGUGUAAUGUAUAUUUUCGAUCCUUUUGCCUAUAUUUCAGUUCUUAACAGUGAUCCCCUAAUCAUCAAUAGUUAAUUUUGCCCUUUAAGUUAAUUUCUUAAAAAAAUUAAACACACAACUCUAGCUGACCCUCUUGCUCAUGAGGGGCACUUUGGAGGUCUUCAGACAGGUCCUUACAGUGACCUCAGCUGGUUACACAGCCCUACACACAGUGAUCAUGGGGAAAGGAGGUGCAAAUCUAUUGCUUCAAAGAUGUUGCUUGUACCUUUGUGUUUGUCCUGCACCUGUAUGGCUACAGCUGGAGACACACUCCCUGUAGAGGAUCGUUGAGUUGAUGUCGCUGGAGCUGUUCAUUGCUACGCUCCUCAACAGAACGAUGGCCUGGUCUCUGUCAUAAGCAGGAAACGCUGGCAGAGCUGAUCCAGCUGGUGAGAAGUCACAUGGUUUUUGCGGCAGAGCAGGAUUUCACAGCCUCGGCCAGCCCUAUCUCUCCUCUAAGGUAGUCCGCUUUGGCUGAACACCAUGGAGCACAUCGCUUUGUGGACAGCCGUCAGUGUCUGAUGCUCAUUUUGCAGUCCAUUCAAUUCAGUCCGGUGGUCCAGCUCCUGCAAGGCUGCACUGGUCCUGCCUAAUGUGCUCUCCAUUUGGAUGGGAGACUGGAUUUAACCGGGUAGUUCCGGUUGGUUUCCUCUCAGCAUCUAGUUACCAUGAGUUCCAGUUACCUAUAUUCACCAACUGUUUACAGUAUGUGUUGUGGAGAAGGAGUGUGACCUGAGACAACAGUGUGGAACUUUGAGUCUUUGUUUACCCUUUUUUUUGCCUUAUAUCAGGACUCUGUUCUGGUCCUGUAUCCCUGCCGCUUAACACCACCUUUGAGCUCGACAAAUGUGAGGCCAAGCAUUAGUCUGGGAGAAGAAUUAGGGGAAGCGUCACACAUGUCUGUCUGCGUUGGUGUGUGAAGCGGUGCGAGUCUGUGGCUCUGUCCUCAUGUCUACAGCCAACACUGUGUGUUUUCCCCCAUAAUCACUGUCGCAUACAUUCAGAUGUGGUGUCAUAAUUGCGAAGCUCCAGGUGUGUCUUGUUCUCUGUAUGGUUCUCUCCGUUUGUGUGUGUGUGUGUGUGUGUGUGUGUGUGUGUGUGUGUGUGUGGGGAUGCAUCCCAGUGGUUGUCUGUAAGGAAUGUGGUGCCUGUUGGACAAUUGCUUUUAUCGUCUCCAAAGUGGAGCAGCAUAAAGCCAAUCUGUCUCUCGGUUGUACAGUUUUAUUGUAUUAUAAACAUGAUUUUAUUUGUCCAAAGCGCUUUCUUCUGGAAAGUUGUAUAUGGCAGCAAUCAUUGUGACAUUGGAAUAAAAACAGUGACGUCA